UCUAAAUAGGUCUUUGGUCUCCUCAUAAACAUAACCUACCAAAAAAUUUCUCUUUUAUGGUAGCAUUUCGCUAAGAUCGGAAAUGUUUGGUUGAUAAAAAGUGAUUGAAAAACGCGUACCAUCAUGUCGACGUCAGCGAUGCAAAAUUUCGUGACCAAUCUAAAAUCGAAGAACGAGCACGUUCGCCUCAAGAGUGCCCAAGAAUUAUCGCUGUACGUGAAGAGUGAACUGCGAGAGGCCGCACAAGAUGAAAUCACUAAUUUUGUCGAGGAAUUCAAUCAUCAGAUCUUCGAAAUGCUUACCAGCAACGAUGUCAACGAGAAAAAAGGGGGCAUCUUGGCCAUUGUGUGUUUUAUUGGGGCCGAUAUGGGCGACAUGGAUACAAGAAUCGCUAGAUUUACUAAUUAUUUGAGGAGUAUGUUGCCUUCGAAUGAUAUUGGUGUUAUGGAACUGGUUGUGAAAGCAACUGGCUUACUCACUGAAGUGUCUGGCACAAAGGCUUCUGAGUAUGUAGAGUUUGAAGUAAAUAGAGCUUAUGAAUGGCUUAGAGGAGACAGAAAUGAGGGAAAGAGACAUGCAGCAGUCCUCAUGUUAAAAGAACUGGCCAUCACAACACCCACGUGUUUUUACCAGCAAGUCUCCCAGUUCUUCGAGCUGAUAUUUUACGCAGUGCAAGAUCCAAAACCGGCGAUCAGAGAAGGCGCAAUCGACGCACUCCGUGCCGCAUUGGUCGUCGUAGCCCAGAGAGAAAUAGCGAAAGAAAAACAGAAAACGUCGUGGUACAAACAAUGCUACGACGAAUCCGGUAAAUUGUUGACCGUUGAACGUGGCGAACGGAUCAGGGACGAACGCAUUCACGGUUCGCUGUUGAUUUUGAACGAGCUUCUUCGUUUUUCGAACGCCCAUUGGGAGAAGAGGUACACGCAACUCUUGGACAGCACAGAUCCGACCAACUCGAUGGAAUUCGAACAGUUCACAUUCGACCGGCCGUUGUUCAUGUAUGACAUGCCGAAAAAAACGGUCACGCAUGUCCUGCCCAAUUUACAACCCGAGAAACUGAUUAUACUGGAGUCAUUCAUUUGUAGGCAACUGGUAUUAGAUAAAUUCGAGUUUAUAUGUUUGGACGUAUUAGCGCAACGUUUUGCUACGAAGUAUGUGUUAAUUAGUGGUUACAUACCGGGAUGGUUAAUUUCUUUUUGUUACAGGGCUAGUUUUGUUCAACAAACUUUGCUGGCAAUUUUGCCGAGGUUGGCUGCGUUCGAUAAAACAAUGUUUGUGACUGAACACUUACCAUCCACUAUGACUUAUCUUUUUAACAUUUUACAAGGCCGAGAAAAAAAUAAGCUGCAAGCGUUUGUCACAAUUGGUCUUAUUGCGAUCGCUGUCGAGGAACAAAUAAGUCCAUACGUAGAUAAAAUAAUGGAACAAAUCAAAAUAACACUUCCCAGAGUCGAGUCUACGUUAAAAAAGCGCACUCCCAUUGAUUCGUGCGUCUUCAAGUGCAUCACAUUCCUGGCGCGUGCCCUAAAGAGCCACGACAAAAUGGAAAUACCACAACUGCUGGAUCAAAUGUUGGCUACCGGGUUGACACAGUCUCUGACUGUCUGUCUGAGAGAGUUGGCCAAAAGGGCUCCUGAGCACAAGGAAAAAAUAAGUUUAGGCCUCCUGAAGAUGCUCUCGGUGAUCCUUCUCGGCAAGAACCUGACGCAUCCGGGUAUGCCACGCCAUCUCGCCAUAAACGUCUCUUCGCUGGGUGGCAGCGUCGAGAACUCCACCCAGAUAAUAGUUUUGGCGUUGCACACGUUGGGCACGUUCGAUUUCGAGGGCCAGCGUUUGUUACCGUUCGUCGAUCGUUGCGCCAAACAUUUCCUCAUUCACGAUCAGACGGAAAUUCGUUUGGAGGCGGUUAAAACGACGUGUCGAUUGUUGAGGCAUGCUAUACGUAGCACAACCAAGAACCCAUCAGAGAAUAUUUCGAAGACGGUCGGUUUUGUAUUAUACCGGCUGUUGGAAGUCGGACUCACAGACACGGAGGCCGCUGUACGGUAUGGGGUUCUUGUGUCUUUGGACUCCACGUUCGACCACCAUUUGGCUCAGGCGGAGUCUUUGGCGGCCCUCUUCGUUGCGCUUCAGGACGAGAAAUUUGAAAUACGUGAAGUGGCAUUGUUUAUGAUUGGUCGGUUGAGUUCCAUGAAUCCAGCCUACGUAAUGCCGUAUUUGAGGAAAACGCUGAUUCAACUACUGACCGAAAUGGAAUAUUCUGGCACCGGCCGCAACAAGGAGCAAGGUGCCAAAAUGUUGGAUCGACUCGUGGUUAGUGCUCCGAGACUUAUCAGACCAUACAUGGAACCCAUUCUUAAGGUUCUUGUUCCUAAACUGAAAGAACCGGAGCCCAACCCUGGCGUCGUCCUCUCGGUUCUGACGACUAUCGGUGAUUUGGCUGAAGUUACUGGCGGUGACUCCGAGUUGCAGGAUUGGAUGCCACAACUGAUGGACAAGCUACUAGAUAUACUGAACGAUGCGUCAGUGCCAGAGAAGCGUGGUGCCGCCCUCUGUACCUUGGCCAAGUUGGUUGGUGCCACUGGUCACGUUAUAAAGCCUUACAACAAUUAUCCGAGUCUGCUCGAUGUACUUAUCAAUUUUUUGAAGACAGAGCAACAGCCUUAUAUUAGAAGAGAAACCAUCCGAGUGUUGGGAUUGUUAGGUGCUUUGGAUCCUUACAAACAUAAAAUGAACCGCGGCGAGAUCGAUUAUCAACCUGAAGCUCCAAUUUUAAUCCCGAUGACGGAUAAGAACGUCGGUGACGAUGAAGGUUUGAAUUCUAGCGAGAUGCUGGUUACCAUGAGCUCCAGCACUCUUGAGGAGUAUUUCCUCGCUAUGGCUAUAUCGACUUUGAUGAAAAUAAUAAAGGACCCUGCUUUGUCGCAGCAUCAUACAAUGGUGGUACAGGCUGUUACCUUUACAUUUAAAAGUUUAGGAAUAAAAUGUGUUCCGUAUAUAGCUCAGGUGCUUCCCAGUCUGUUGAAUGUUGUCAGAACGGCUGACAUGACAUUCAGGGAGUUCCUGUUCCAACAACUCACCCAACUGAUUUCUAUUGUAAAACAACAUAUCCGUAAUUACUUAGACGACAUUUGUGACUUAGUAAAGGAAUUCUGGACGCCGAACAGUACAAUCCAAGCAACCAUAAUCAUGUUACUCGAGAACAUAGCCAGUGCCUUAGGUGCGGAAUUUAGGGUGUACUUGCCCCGCCUGAUACCUCAAAUCCUGAGAGUUCUACACCACGAUACAUCCAAGGACAGGAGGCAUACCAUAAGACUUCUGGAGUCGCUGCACAAGUUCGGAAACAAUUUGGAUGAUUACAUGCAUCUCAUAUUGCCUCCAAUAGUGAAAUUGUUCGAUGCUCACGACUGCCCUACCGCCGUUUCGAAACAGGCCCUGGAAACGAUCGAUCAGCUGGCCCAAAUCCUAGACUUCUCAAACUUCGUUUCGCGCAUCGUCCAUCCCUUGGUCCGGACCAUCGACAACUGUCCCGAAUUGCGACCAACCGCUCUCGAAACGCUGUGUUCGUUGGUGAUGCAAUUGGGUAGAAAAUUUAAGACCUUCGUUCCCAUGGUUAACAAGGUGCUGCAAAAGCACAAGAUCCAGUACAAGGAUUGGGACCUGCUAGUGUCGAAGAUUCAGAAGGAUACCACCAUGGCCGAGGAUUGGGAUCUAUCAAGACCUCGUGGUAAACCGAAGAGUCGCGCGGAAGCCGAAGUGGUACCCGACAGCACGACGAUACAGAGGCUCAAAGUGUCUGAACUUAAUCUCCAACAAGCCUGGACGCAAGACAGGAGAGUUUCCAAGGACGAUUGGUUAGAAUGGUUGAGACGUUUGAGCACCGAACUUCUUAAGCAGUCGCCCAUUCCGGCUUUAAGAUCGUGUUACCCACUAGCUUCCACUUAUUCACAACUGCCGCGUGAUCUCUUCAACGCGGCGUUUGUCAGCUGCUGGACGGAACUGAGCGAGAACACUCGAAAAGAACUUAUGCAAUGUCUGCAGAAGGCCCUGACUGUGGAUGUGCCAGAAAUUACCCAAACCAUACUUAAUUUGGCAGAGUUCAUGGAGCACUGUGACAAGGGUCCGUUGCCUUUGGAACUUGAGCUUUUGGGUGAACAAGCUAUGCGAUGCAGGGCUUACGCGAAAGCUCUGUACUACAAAGAAGAAGAGUUCCAGAGGGCAACGACAGAAGAACAAAGCGCCCAAAUUGUCGAAGCGUUGAUUUCGAUCAAUAACAAACUACAACAAAAAGAAGCGGCCGAAGGCCUCCUUCAACACGUAAUGCAAAAGGGCGGAAGCCAAGUACAGAUCAGAUGGUACGAAAAGCAACACAACUGGGACAAAGCACUCAGAUUGUACCAAGAGAAAGACUCCGGAGAGUUUGAUGAAGAAGCAUGUCUAGGUCAAAUGAGAUGUUUGGAGGCACUUGGUGAAUGGGAUAGUUUGCACUCUCUCGUCGAGGAAAAAUAUACGUUGCUUUCAGAGGAUAAUGUGUUGAAGGCUAGUCGAAUGGCUGCCAUCUCAGCGUUUGGACUACAUAACUGGGAAUCCAUGGAACAAUACCUUAGCGUAAUUCCCGAAGAUACGAUGGACGGAUCCUUUUAUAGAGCUAUUUUGAACAUACACAAAGAGGAAUACAAGAAGAGUCAGGAGUACAUUGAUAUGGCUCGCGACCUCUUGGAUACUGAAUUGACUGCGAUGGCUGGUGAAUCUUAUCAAAGAGCCUAUGGUGCUAUGGUUCAGGUGCAAAUGUUGUCCGAACUUGAAGAGGUUAUGCACUACAAGCUUGUGCCUGAAAGGAGACAAACUCUAAAAGAGAUGUGGUGGCAGCGACUACAGAGUGGUCAGCGACUGGCCGAAGACUGGCAACGAAUCAUACAAAUUCACUCUCUUGUACUGCAGCCACACGAGGACAUUCACACUUGGUUGAAAUAUGCGUCGCUGUGCAGAAAAAGCGGAUCAGUUAUGCUAUCGCAUAAAACGCUGGUAAUGUUAAUGGGUUAUGAUCCACAAACGGAUCCAAACAAACCUCUACCUAUAACCCAACCGCAUGUAACCUUUGCAUAUACGAAACAUUUAUGGGCCACCGACAAAAGGCCACAGGCGUUCAAUAAGCUGUCCCUCUUCCUAAAACAGUUUGACCGAGAAGACACUGACGACCAUCUAGAAAGUGAAGACAAAAGGAAAUUGCUGGCAAGAUGUUAUUUGAAAUUGGGCAGCUGGCAAGAGUCACUGGAAGGAAUAUCCCGCACCUCGAUUGUGCCUGUACUUAGGUCGUACCAACAAGCCACGGAAUUCGAUCCUCAGUGGUAUAAGGCUUGGCACGCUUGGGCUUACAUGAACUUCCAAACUAUUAAAAAGUACAAAGAUAAAGUUACAGCCGAUACACAGCUCGAGACUUUGGUUCGGCAGGACUUCCAAGACGACGAAACUAUGGAUCACACUAAGUUAAUAGUGUCUGCUGUACAAGGUUUCUUCAGGUCUAUAAACUUGUCAAAGGGGAGUUCUUUGCAAGAUACUUUGCGUCUAUUGACCUUAUGGUUUGAUUUUGGUCAAAUGCCACAAGUUUCUGACGCUUUGGUGGAAGGUAUAAGACUGGUCGAAAAGAACACAUGGCUGCAAGUUAUUCCACAAUUGAUAGCCAGAAUCGACAGUAACACAAUUCAUUUAAUCCAUCGUUUAUUAGUAGAUAUAGGAAAGACUUUUCCUCAAGCGUUGGUGUAUCCGCUUACGGUGGCAGCAAAGAGCAAUUCCACUUGGAGAAAGUGUGCAGCAAACAAGAUUUUGACUUCGAUGAGUGAGCAUUCUCCGACACUCGUUAAUCAAGCGAAGGUCGCCUCAGAAGAACUAAUCAGAGUCGCCAUAUUGUGGCAUGAAAUCUGGCAUGAGGGUCUCGAAGAAGCGUCUAGAUUGUAUUUCGGUGAAAGGGACGUGGAUGGUAUGCUUAGAAUUUUAGAACCACUGCAUAGAAUGAUGGAGAGAGGACCUCAGACUUUAAAGGAAACGAGUUUCAAUCAGGCGUACGGCAGGGAUUUACAAGACGCCCACGAUUGGUGCCAACGAUUCAGAAUUUCCGGCAACACUCGUGAUUUAAAUCAAGCCUGGGAUCUAUAUUACCACGUUUUCAGAAGAAUUUCGAGACAGCUACCUCAAAUUACUUCUCUGGAGUUGCAAUACGUUUCGCCCGAGCUCCAACGAUAUAAAGAUAUGGAGCUGGCUGUGCCGGGCAGUUACGCUCCUGGUCAACCUUUGGUGCGAAUUUCCGAAUUUAACAGGUCCCUCGAAGUCAUCACCUCAAAGCAACGUCCAAGAAAACUCAUCAUUCGUGGCAGUAAUGGAAAAGAUUACAUGUUCUUGUUGAAGGGUCAUGAAGAUCUCAGACAAGAUGAAAGAGUAAUGCAACUAUUCGGAUUGGUCAACACUCUUUUGUUGAAAGAUCCAGAAACGUUCAGGCGCAAUCUUACAAUCCAAAGAUACGCCGUGAUACCGUUAAGUACAAAUUCGGGUUUGAUCGGUUGGGUGCCCCACUGUGAUACAUUGCAUACGCUUAUUCGUGAUUAUAGAGAAAAGAAAAAAAUCCUGUUGAACAUCGAGCACAGAAUCAUGCUCAGAAUGGCGCCUGAUUACGAUCAUCUCACUGUCAUGCAAAAGGUGGAAGUGUUUGAGCACGCCUUGGAAAACACGCAUGGUAAUGAUUUGGCAAGGUUGUUGUGGCUGAAAAGUCCGUCCUCCGAGGUGUGGUUUGAUCGCAGAACAAAUUACACCAGAUCCUUGGCAGUCAUGAGCAUGGUCGGUUAUAUUUUGGGUCUUGGAGACCGUCAUCCGUCGAAUUUGAUGUUGGAUAGGCUUAGUGGGAAAAUUCUUCACAUAGAUUUCGGCGAUUGUUUCGAAGUAGCGAUGACUAGAGAGAAAUUCCCCGAAAAAAUUCCGUUCCGGCUUACAAGGAUGCUCACGAAAGCCAUGGAGGUGACUGGAAUCGAAGGAACAUACAGAAGUACAUGCGAAUCUGUGAUGUCGGUGUUGCACCGAAACAAAGACAGUCUAAUGGCGGUCCUGGAAGCUUUUGUGUAUGAUCCUUUGUUAAAUUGGAGAUUAAUGGAUACUACGACAAGGAAUAAUCCCGGUGAUGAUGCGACAUUUUCGACGGCCACGUCACAUGAUCAAAAUUCUAUUGAAAGUUUGACAAUGACCAUUGGUAAGAGAACUGUUUUACUUUCCGACGUGGACGAUGACUCUCAGCCAGAAGCGGUUAAUAAAAAAGCAGUGACAAUUAUUAAUAGAGUUAGGGACAAGCUGACUGGACACGAUUUCAGUCAUGAGGAGGAAUCGUUAACUAUUCAAAAGCAAGUUGAUUUAUUGAUUCAGCAGGCCACUAGUAAUGAGAAUUUAUGUCAAUGUUAUAUUGGCUGGUGUCCAUUCUGGUAGAAUGGAUUUUUAUUGGUUACUUUUUUUUUGUAAAACAUUUUAUUAUAUACACCCAAGCUAUUGUUUUACCUCUUUAUUUUUGCAUAUAUUUUUUUCACAAGCUAGUAGGCUGUAAAUAAGGCUAAAUAGAAUUUAUAAGUUUUAAUAUACAAACUUUAUAAUUAAUGGGAUAUAUUAUACCAAGUUUUAUUAUUGUAUUAUUAUUUGAUGAAAUUAUUGUAAAAUUCUUAAUACUUAAUAAAAAAUUUGAACAAAA